GGCUCCCGUGACGUCGAACAAUGCUACUGUAGUGCCACGCAGCCAGAGGACGAAUUUUGCAAGUAUGGCUUUCCGCGCGGGACUCUACUUUGUCUUGCAGGCGUUUGCUCUCCUCCUUCUUCCGUCCUACGGGCAGAAGGCAGAGGGUCCCCCUGCAGAAGAUGUCCAGAUAGAAAUCGUGCACGUCCCCGAAGUCUGCGAGCCCAAGAGCAAAAAGGGCGAUCUACUCAAUGCCCAUUACGACGGUUUCGUAGGUAGUAAUAAGACCAAGUUUUAUUGCAGUCGCACACACAAUGAUGGCCAUCCAAAAUGGUUUGUCCUUGGUGUUGGCCAAGUCAUUAAAGGCUUAGACAUUGCAAUGAUGAAUAUGUGUCCUGGAGAGAAACGAAAAGUGAUUAUUCCUCCUUCACUUGGCUAUGGAGAACAAGGCUAUGAACCAGCAAAGAUCCCACCCAAUGCAACACUGAUCUUUGAAAUUGAACUGUAUGCAGUAACUAAAGGACCACGGAGUGUUGAAACAUUUUCUCAAAUAGACCUGGAUAGUGACAAAAAGCUUUCAAAGGAGGAGAUAAAUCAUUAUUUGAAGAAAGAAUUCGAAAGAGAUGGCAAAAAACGGGAUUCUUCUGUUCAAAAUGAUGUUUUGGUAGAUAUAUUUAAAAAGAAUGACCAUGAUGGUGAUGGCUUCAUAUCUGCCAAAGAAUACAAUGUCUACCAGCAUGAUGAACUAUAAAAACUUAUUAUUCAAAUGUCUACUUGUUGCUUUAUGGACUUUAAUGAUCUUGCAGUUUUCAUGGACCAUGGGAGUUCUGCAGCCAUCAAAACUGGAUGACUUCGCUGUACUCACUCUUCUUCCUAAACAAGUCUUGGUAGAUGUAUUCAAAGGAAUUUAAAGCUGUGGCUUGGAUUUGGUGAAUCAAAUACACAUCAUGCACAAAGGUAUAAUGAAGCAACUCCAUUGGUUUCACUGGGAUUUAUCCACAGCAAAAUAUAACUGCAUUUUAAAAUCUUUUUUGUGUUACAUACCAGUUUAUGUACAUUCACUAGAAUAAUUUUUAUACUUUUGUAUUGAGAUUAAAAUUGGUUUCAAUUAUGGUCCUAUAAACUGCAACAAAAAUAAAAUCUGAAAAGGGUAUAA